UCUUCUUCCUCCUCAUCAACCCAACCAGUCCAUUUCACAGGCCACACGAACUUCCGCCUGCGCCUCACACUCUCGCUCCUCUCACGCAAGCCCAUUCUCAUCACCUCCAUCAGGCCAAAUAGCACCUCCCCUGGUCUGCGGGACUUUGAAGCCUCUUUCCUCCGCUUGAUCGAAAAGGUGACCAAUGGAAGCAAGGUCGAAAUUAGCUACACAGGUACGGCAGUCAAGUUCCUUCCCGGUACUCUCUCGGGUGGGAGCGUAACACACGACUGUGGGACUAGUAGAGGGGUGGGGUAUUUCCUCGAGUGGGUGGCCCUACUCGCCCCCUUCUGUAAGAAGGAGCUCAGCUUGACCUUGAAGGGGGUCACGACGGGUGGCGGCGAAAAGGGUGAUAUGGGCGCAGAUGCAUUGCGAACCGUUCUUUUGCCUGUCUUGGCAGAGUUCCUCCCUCCAGCCACUUCACUCGCCUCACCACUUGAGCUACGCAUCGCUAAACGUGGUCAUUUCCCCCUCGGAGGAGGCGAAGUCUUCUUUCGCUGUCCCUUGCUACCCAAUGUUUCCUCGGCAGGCACGAUUGAUUGGACGGAGCCGGGAAAGGUAAAGAGGAUCAGAGGCAUCGCGAGCGCUUCGCGCGUAUCGCCUGCUAUGGCCAAUAGGCUUGUAGAGAGGGCGAGAAAAACCCUCAAUCGCUACGUGCCGGAUCUCUACAUCUUCGCCGAUGUCUACAGAGGGGAUGAUGCGGGCAAGUCACCAGGCUUCUCCCUCUCCCUCCUGACCCAAUCCACCACCUCCUCCUUCCACUACGCCGAGUCCCACUCCACACCAGGAGCCGUACCAGAGGAUGUAGCCACCUCGUGCGUCUCCUCCCUCCUCUGCUCCCUCGCAGCAGCAGGAGGAGGGUGCAUCCCACGAGGACUGCAGCCACACGUUCUGGCAUUGAUGGCAUCCAGUCCAGAGGAUGUGGCUCGCGUCAGGAUUGGAGGGGAUGGGACUCAAGACGAUGGUGGAGGGUUGAGCGCCGCUGCCGUGCAGACUAUGAGGGAUGUUGAGGCUGUUUGGGGACUGCGAUUCUUGGUUAGGAGGGUGGAGGGACGGGCGCCGAGGAAA